AUGGUGCGGAAACUUAAAUAUCACGAGCAGAAACUGCUAAAAAGCGCCGUCCGCCGCAAACACGAGGACCUCCUACUAGACAAGCUCUACGACAUGGGAGUCUUGUCCACCAAGAGCAAACUCUCCGCCGUCGAGAACGCCGUCACAGUUUCCGCGUUUGCCCGUAGGCGUCUCCCCGUGGUGAUGACUAGGCUACGGAUGGCGGAGACGGUACAAGCGGCGACAAAACUCAUCGAGCAAGGCCACGUCCGCGUAGGUACGGAUACCAUCACCGACCCAGCGUACCUAGUCACCAGAGGCAUGGAAGACUUUGUGACUUGGACCGUCGGCAGCAAGAUCAAGAAGACAAUCAUGAAGUACAGGGACGAGCUCGACGAUUUUGAGCUCCUCCGGCCGGCAAAGCCGAGCGGCGGCAAUCACUACAAGGGCUUCGUCGCCGGCGUCUUCUCCGGCAUCGCCAAGCUAGCCGUCGGCCACCCCUUCGACACCGUCAAGGGCGCCACCCCGCCGCUCGUCGGUUGGAUGUUUAUGGAUUCGGUCAUGCUGGGCUCCUUGACCGUCUACCGCCGCCUCCUGUCCGACACCCUCUUCCAGAACUACCGCCCGCUUGACGCCGGCUCCAAGUCCCGAGCUGGCCAGCAGUCCGCCAACGCGUCCGUCAGUCUGCCGUCCUACGGUCACGGCCUCGCCGGUAUCAUGGCCGGUUGCACCGUGAGCUUCAUUGCCGCCCCCGUCGAGCACAUCAAAGCCCGUCUGCAGGUGCAGUACGCCGCCUCCAAGUCGGACCGCCUCUUCAAGGGACCUCUCGACUGUCUGUCCAAGAUUUAUGGCGCGCAUGGCAUCCGGGGUAUCUACCGGGGCCUCGGGGCCACUCUCUUGUUCCGCGGCUUCUUCUUCUGCUGGUGGGGCAGCUACGACAUCUUUACGCGCCUGUUCCAGAAACACACGGACCUGAGCGCGCCCGCCAUCAACUUUUGGGCUGGCGGGCUCAGCGCCCAAGUCUUUUGGAUUACAAGCUACCCAUCUGACGUCGUGAAGCAGCGUAUCAUGACCGACCCACUUGGUGGUGCGCUGAAUGACGGGACAAGACAGUUCCCGAGGUGGGCUGAUGCCGCAAAGGCCGUGUAUAGAGAGAGUGGUGCAAUGGGAUAUUGGAGGGGUUUCUUGCCUUGCUUCCUGAGGGCGUUUCCGGCAAAUGCCAUGGCCUUGGUCGCGUUUGAGGGUGUGAUGAGGCUACUCCCAAACUAA